CAAGUAAUAGAUGGAGAAAAGUCUGGUGUGUUUUGUAGACAGACAAACACUAGUAAUAUAAAUGAUUCUGUAUUCCUUAGUCCAUCGAAUAACAACAGUAUGAACAAUAUUCGCCGUGGUAUCGAUGAUGCUAACAAUAAAACAACUGGAACAAUGAAUAGAACUCCGAGUGGAGAUAUGGGUGGAUUCAAGCCGCCAUCAUUAAAUGCUGGAAUGGAUUCUGGCAAUAAUAUGCUUACAGACAAACCAGUAGGUAGUAGCAUUGGCAGACAUAAUUCAAUGCGAUCGUUGGCUGCAUCUAAUCGACCAACAAGUCUAUCAAGAACAGCAAGUGUUCGACGGGACAGGGAUUCUGGAUUAAUAUCCAAAGCACUCGGCUACAUGUUUGGCUGGUCAUAAAUUUGAAACCAAUUUUUGGGUAUUUACCAGUUUCGAUUAUUGGUAAUACCGGAUAUGUAGUUAUGGUUUUCUGAGAUUCAUCUUAUCCUAUGCCAUAUUGUAAAAUAAAAGUAUAACGUUAUGAU